UGUCUCUCUCUCUCUCUCUCUCUCUGUCUGCGCGACGCUCUGAAUCGCCGCCGCCGCCGCCGCCGCCGCCGCCAUGAGCUCGCCAUCGUCCCCUCUUCGCCCGCCAGAUCAAGACCCCACCCCGGUCGACCCGCCCCAUCACCGCCCGGAAUCGCCCGAGACCCAAACCCUAGCCCUCGAGCCGGACCCUUCCUCGAAGUCCGACGGAGACUCGCAGAUCCUCGUCCAGGACGACGACUCCAACCAGGACGACCCCGACACGGCCCCCGCGCCGUCCCCGCGCGCCCAAGACCCGACCUUUAUGGCCCCCGCCCCCGCCUCCUUCCGCCGCGGCCCGAAGAACAAGAAGGCCGCGCAGAAGCGGCGCGCCAUGGAGCGGAAGUCGAAGCAGAAGCUCGAAUUGCUCGUCAAGACCUUCAAGCCCGUCCCUUUCGCCCCCGUCGAGGCCCUCGACUUCUCGCGGCGCGAGGAUCUCCUGCACCGCCUCGGGCUCUGGGAGUUCGUCCACCUGGACUUCGACAGGGCCCUGCACGGCAAGCUGAUCGCGCAGCUGGUCGCCAGUUUCAGCAAGAGCGAGCGGUGCAGCUACGUCAAUGGGGUCAAGAUUCGGGUCAGCCGGGCCGACCUGGCGCGCGCGCUGAAGCUGCCGGCUAAGAGGGUCGUGGCCGGCUCGGAGGGCGCAGGUGAGGGUUCCGAAACUGAAGAGUCUGUUGGGUUCGUUUUGGAUUUAGUGUCGAAUUGGAUGCUUUUGCAUGAUGACGAUACGUGGAUGAUGCCUGAUGAAAUUUUGAGUUGGGACAAGUUGAUUAGGGAAGGGAGUUUCGAAAAGGUGGAUUGGGCGGGGAUGGUGUGGUUUAUGGUGGAGAAGGAGUUGAUGCAGGCGCCCAAUUUGGAGAAUUGUUACUAUGCGUCGCACUUGCAGUGUUUGAUUAGGUCUCAGCGCGCAGAGUUGUUGUCGGCAGAGGAGGUUGAAGUGAAGGAUGUAGAGGAGGUCGAGGUGAAGGAUGUAGAGGAGGUCGAAGUGAAAGAUGUAGAGGAGGUUGAAGUGAAGGAUUUGGAGGAGGAUGGGGGUGGUGGUGAUGUGAAGAUGGCUGAACUGGAAGAGCAGAGCUUGGAGUUGAGCCUUGGACAAGAGAAUGCUGAUAACAAAGCUGAUGAGGAGGUGGAGAAGGAAGGUACUAGCGUUGAAUUGGGUCUUUCACAGAAUGAAAGGUUUGAUGUUGAGAAUGAGGAGAAUGCUCAAUUGAGUCUCGGGCUUGAGGAGAAUGUUGAAGCUGAGGUGGAGGACAAAACCGAAGUUGGUCUGGUGGAGGAGAAGGGCGUCGAAAAGGAAAAUGACAAUAAUGAGGAAGGUGGAUUCGAUGAUGUCAUGGAUUCUCAGGAGUGUAAAGAGGAGGAGGAAGAACAAGGUGGGCAGUGGCUUUUGGAUGGGAAAAAUAUUUCAGGCGAGCACUUUUUGCAGAGGUGCAGAGUUACUGAAGCUAAUGAAAUGAGGUUUGAUGUGGAUCAGAAAGGAGUGGAAGGAGAAGGAGUAGUAGGCGAGGAACCAGAAGACGAAGAACUAGAGGAAGAGGAAGAGGAAGAAGAAACCAAUGAGGAGGAGCAACAAGAGCCUGGAGGGUUCAAUAUGUCGCCAAAGUUUGGUGAUUUGGAGAGGUUGCCUUCAUCAAAUCUUCUGCAUGUUUUGGAGUCCGCUCAAAUUGCUUUUAACACCGGGAUGCAACUCCGUGAUGAUUCGUGUGGGGAGUUCUUAGCUUCAAGAGCUGACAGUCACAUGGGUCCAAGUUCUUCGUCCAUCUUUGGCAAUGUAAACAAGAGAGAGAUCGAUACUGACAAUGACAGAAUGCAUCACCAGCUGAAUGGGGGAAACAAGCGGAUGAGGACUGAUGGUUCGUGGGAUAGUAAAUCACUGGACUUCAAUAUGUGCAUGGAGCAAGUGCAACAUUGGGUGGAAAAGGCAAAGAUGGCGCACGAGGCAAAAGAGCAAGCGUAUGCCGAGUCUGGCAUGAAUCAACAAAUAUUCCUCAGCGAGCUGCAACGACGGGAUGCUAUGAUCGAGCAUUUGCAGAAGACAAGUAAUGAAGAGAUAAUGAAAAAGAAGAUGGAAAUAUAUCGACUUGAAUGUGAGCUCUAUAUGAUGGUGAACCUUCUAGAUGGCUAUAAGAAGGCCUUGAAGGAAACCGAUCGGAAAUUUGCUGAAUACAGGGCUCGCUGUCCUCAGCUUGACGAGCCACUUUAUAAAGAUGUUCCUGGAUCUGGCGGUCUUGUUUUGAGCAUUAGGGAACUGGAAAAGCAGCGGUUAAAACAGGAAGAAGAGGAGAAAAUGAAGCUUUUGGCCAUGAAGGAAAAGAUUGAGGAAUUCGAAAGCGUGUUUACCAUCAGCUUCGAAGAACGUCUUGAAGGAAUCAAUCUGCUCAAUAACAGGUUGCACGAUGUUGAGAAGGGAUUGAAACAUCUGAAGGAUUCGGCAGAAAAGCGUAAAGCCUCAGAAGCAACGAUCGCUAUUGCUUCAACGGAAGAAAAUGUCCCGGAAGCAACGGCAGCAGCUGCUGCUCCUACAGAAGAAAAUGUCCCGGAAGCAACGGCAGCAGCUGCUGCUCCUACAGAAGAAAAUGUCCCGGAAGCCACGGCAGCAGCUGCUGCUCCUACAGAAGAAAAUGUCCAGGAAGCAAUGGCAGCGGCUGCUGUUCCUAUGGAAGAAAAACUCUCGGAGGCAGACACAGCUGGUGGUCCAAUGGAGGAAUGAACUUCUCAGAAGUUCUUUGCUUUGCAUGUUUUGAUAAUAUAUAGGUAACUUCUAUGGCGACUCGUAUUAUCGGCCUCUUAACAAAGAACAGGUUCUUGAUUUGGGUCGACAUUACCUAAAUGGUGACUCAAUGAAGCACCUUGUGUUAUUUUAGCUGGCCUAUUAUGUAAUGUAAGGGCUUUGGCUGACUGGAAGAUAGGAGUUCGUAUUGCGGUUCUACUA